AUUCUUCAAAUUAGUUUUCUAAAAUCGUUCAAAUCCACCGACUCAUAAAUAUCCUUAUCGUGUAUUAGCCACCACAAUUGAUACCUAAAUCACAGCUUCCGAGCAGCGGUGAGAAUUUGAGCUUGCAAUUGGCAAGUGUGUUAUUUCUUCGUUUGAGGAGUCUGAGGACGGCGCUGCUGUUCUGAACGCUGGUGUUCAGAAUUUUUCACAUUCUGCCUUUUUUCCUAAGUGUUUGCCAGCAGUCGGAUACUAUUAAUACCAUGGGAAGUUUACCACCACUCACUGCUGAUGCAAUUGCACUUACUGAAAAGAAAAUGGACAUGACACUUGAUGACAUCAUCCAAAUGUCAAAGAAAACUAAGCCAAAGACAAGGAAGCAGCGAACCUCGAAUAAGAGCCAGCGACCUUUUCCAAACAAAUAUGGUGCAAGGGAUGGUGCGUCCAAAGCCCACGUCCAACAAUCAGUGGCUGCAAGAUCUUCAGCUCUUAGACAGGCAAAGCUUGCGGAGAUGAGGUCAAGGAAUGGAAAUAAUCAGUUUCCAGCUGUGAAAGAAGCAGCAAGAAGGAUAGCUGUUGCAAGAUCCGUCCAGUGGAACAAGAGAAGGAAUGCACAAUUUUCUGUACCAAUUAACAGGCCAUUACCAAUGGUUUCUUUUGCUAACAAGGUCAAUGGAACAGUUAAACAGAGGCCACAAACCCUUGAUUCCCUUUUCGCAAAUAUGAAAGAGCAGCGGCUGAGGGCACAGGCUCAGGCUGGUGGAAGGCAGAAUGGUGUAAGGCAGGUUGGUGGGAGGCAAAAUGGCGGGAGGCAGGUUAUUGGGAGGCAAAAUGGUGGGAGGCCGAUUGGUGGGAGGCAAAAUGGUGGGAGGCCAACAAACUUCGCGAACAAACAGACAAAUUUUGGAAAUCAAAAUGGUGGGAGGCCAACAAACUUCGCGAACAAACAGACAAAUUUUGGAGAAUUUGGUGGUUAUCAAAGAAAUCGUCAAGGGAACUUUGGUGGUUAUCAAAGAAAUUUUCCACCACGUCAGAGAUCAAACUAGCUUGGAUGGGCAUCAACCGCCACCACUGAUAUUAUUUUGUUGAAACAAAAUGGAUGCCUCUGUUUUUGAUUGAGGUGCUCUUCAAAUUCCACUGUGCGAGCUGCUGAGUUUCUAGCUUCAUUUUGGAGAAUUUUUUAGACUGAUAUAGUUUGACCUUAUUAAUGGAGGAUAUUUGUCAGGGAUUUUGGUUUUGGUGAUUGUAAGGCGGUUCAUUCUUGAAGUUUCCAUAUGAAAGUCUUAACACUGCACUGGCAAGUUAAAAAUUGCGAAGUUGGAAAGUUGAACCAGCAAAAUUGCCUGUCGUUGCUGUAUAUAUUGCUUUUUAUUAUAUAUCCUAUUACCUUAUUUUUACAGUUGAUGUAUUGAUGCUGCAAAAUCACUUAUAAAUCUCAAGAAUAAUCAUUGUUAGCAGAUGCUUUCAUUGUAAUAUUCAAAAUUUUUUGCCUGUUUU